AUGGAGCCCUUGUCACGUGAACUCAACGGCCCUCACUGUCUCGGUGCCUCCACGUUUUCUUUGGCAACACCGAACUUGGAGACAGGAGCGAAUUAUGAGGUAGAUGGAGACGAGAUACGUGAGAAAGCAUUGAGCUCACGGGAAGAACAUGAGCAAAUCCACAUGGAAUCCUUUGCACCACUUCCAGCAAAAAAGAAACCAAAAAACACUGGGUGA